UGGGCGUGACUUCGGAUGGGUGUUGCUGGGAGAGAGAUGGCAAGGUUAAUUCUCGUGUUAACAUUUAUUAUAAUUACUCCGACCUACUCUAAACAAAACUGCAACAUUCCUCUUGUUAUCCGCGGUUCGUGGUUUUCCUGGGAAAAUGGAAGAAGUACGACGACUGAGAUAAAUGCGGAUUCCAUGUCAAGGAAAGGGUACUGUAUUGACAUGAAAGAAGAAUAUCAUGUUAAUUAUACAUUUAUUUUUAAGCAGGAGGGCUCAAGCUGCUAUACGUGCGUGAAAUUAUUGGUCAGGACAGUUAACGUUUUGGAAAAGAUGGAAACUGCGUGUGUUACUUUACCUCCCGAAAGAGAGGCAACUGUGGAGAAUGUCUGCAAAGGUUUGAAGCCAGACCAACAACUGAUAACACUUUUCGAUGAAAAUUAUGUACCAGUUAAUUGCCGUUCAAGUUUAGAAGGCGUUUGGCAGUUUGGAUAUCAGAAUCGAUUUCGCUUUACAGGAGAAUGUAACCACCCAGACGCUAUGGUCCGUUCCUGUCAGACUGCUGGUACACAGUUUCUGAUCACAAAUCAGAAAUUUAACAUAACAUACAAGAAAUGUGUCGGAAUGAGUGAAACGUUUGAUGGUGUUGUAGAAUAUAGUUGCCUCGGAGACUGGUUUGUGGGUAAAAAUCACUUUUUUGCCGUUGCCAAUACAAAAGAGUCGAGGAAAGACGAAAAAUAUCGAUGUUUUUUGAAAAAUAGGGAUGAUGACCUGUAUAUUGGUGUUUCAAUUACAGCAGAAUGCAACACACUCAAAACAGUGGAGCAGAGUCCGGAGAGAUUACAUCUCACACCGGUGAAAUCUGAAGCUGUGGUUCCUGGUUGUACACUUCCACAAAAUUUCUCAGGUGAAUGGAUAAACACAGCAAACAUAGAUGCUGAUAUUUUCAUAAAUGAAACACACAUUAUGGAAACAUGGUAUCCAGAUGAGGGACGUUUCCGGCGAACCAUAUACGUUUGCCACCAACACAGAGGAACUCGUUACAUGAUGGCUAGACUCACUGUUGAUGGUUGUCAGAAAGAUUAUGUAUGUUUCGACUUUGUGCCCCGACAUCAUAAUAUAAUAAGAUAUAGGCGCGGUAUAGCUUUUAUCACAGAUGAUUUUCGUACUGUAUGUUCAUGGGUGCAAUUCAAAAAUCAAGAAGCAUGGAAGUACGAUUUAUAUUUGGCAAAGAAUCCUGUCCCUGUUCAGUGUCCUGUUGCAGGUAAAUUUAACUUCACACAGCGAGGAGAUAUACCAUUUGAGACCCGCAUUCUUGGAGGUGUGACAUUAUCACCAAGGCCAAAUAUCUACUGCAAGCAGAAUAUAUCAGAUUUUUCGGUUUGUGACACAGACCAGAAAGAAAUUGCAAUUGAUGAAACAUAUUGCCUUAGUGUAGACCACCGUGGUCGACCUGUUGACAUAUAUAGUGAUCCCGAUUACCGACUGCAAUGUAUUGGAUUUUGGAAGGAGAAUCUGAAGUCUUAUUUAAUAACAUAUGAUGAACUUGAUGCAUUUAGUAAAUACCGUUGCUGGGUAUAUCAAAGAGCUGACCUUAACAGGAUACUGAUGUCUCAGGCUCUUGGCCCAUUCUGUGAUCUCAAGCAAGAUGUUACCAGCUGGAAUUACACAGAAGGAGCUGCUGUCGCCAUUGACAUGGUAGAGUAUGAAAGAGAACGUGACCAGUGUCCAAUGCAUUUUGAUGAUGGUAGUAAUCCAUGGUUAAAUAAAGAAAAUCUCAUUAUAGUUUUCACAUUUGGUAGUGGAUGUCCUCUAGAAAAUAGCCUUUUUCUUGUUUGGUUUUUAGUUAUGUUUGUUUACAGUCUGUAGUUGUCUUUUACGACUGUUAAAAAUGGGUCUGUAUUUUUUGCUUCUAAACAUUUCUCACUGGGGAAUGAUUUUUAGUGAUGGUGCACUGCUGUGUAGUGUGACAGUUUGUACAUUACAUAGCUAUAUUUUGGUAAUAUGAUGGGAUAAGGGAUGUGUCCACAUCAGAGUAGCACAGUACUCUGUGCAGACUAUCUCAGGUUUUUCCUACAAAAUAUUUUUCAUAUACAAGAUUUUUAAUACAGCUAGUACUGGAACGUAUUUACAUUGUUAAGAAAAUGUACCUACUUUUAAUUGGGUUAUUAGCUCAAUAUUUGUGAAAAUUAUAUGACUGUGUGUGUAGUUAGAAUUUUACACAAGUUAUCCGGUAUGGUUGGAUAAUGUUUUGGGAUAAAUAUCCCUUACACUUGUAUGUUAUGCAGUAAGUAUAUAUGUGUGUGUGUGUGUGACAGUUGACCAAAAACUAUUACCAAAGAUUUUUUGCUGAUUUGUGAAUUGUUAAUGGCAAGUGUCAGUAAUAUGUUUCAUCAUUGUUUCAGUUACCAAUAGUGAUAACAGAUCAUCACAAUCACUGUGAAAAUAUCUCACAAUGUACCUUCAAACAGAAGCCUUUUAUUUGAUAGAUUUUUAUUGUGUGUUAUGCUUCUACACUAUAUUUCAGACACUUUGUAAUCAAUUGUGGGACUUUGAAAUUAUAAAUGUGUGUCCAGGGCAUGAAAAGUUGGCAGGCACAGUAUAUAUUUGACAUAUCGAGCAUUCAAAGCUUCCUAUUUCUGGUCAUCAGUGACAAAUUUUUGUUCAAAGUACUAUAAAGUGAUUUUUAAUAAUUGUUUUUGUAAGUGAAAGUAAAAUGAGGUAAUUGGUUCCAGUUUUGCACACAGCAUUUUGUCAAGUCAUCUUUGCCAGUGUAAUUGUUGAAAUAUUCUGUACAAAGAUUGAAAUGACAGUCCUGCUGGUCGCAUUGAAAUUUAUUUUUCUUCAGUAGCAGCAGGAAAAUGCCAAAACAUUUCUUUUGUUUUGGAAAAUUUUGAUCAGUCUUCAUACUUCAAACUGAAUUAUAAAUAAGGAUAAACAAUGAGUAUGAUUGUUAUAAUUUCAAAUUUGAACCUUCUCUCUUACUGUUACUCUCCAACAAGAUACAUGGAAAAAAGUAGACUGAUAGUAUCCAAAGAAUGUUAUGCAGAAAGUUACAAACUCACUAAUGUAAGUAUUAUGAAAUACUUUUUACAGCUUUAUUGUAGCAGUAUUUUAGUCUGUUAGCUUUUUGUGUACGUAGCAAGCUUAUUAGUUAUCAUACAAACACCAAAGUCUGUUGUAUUCAUUCCGUCCUCUAUAUAUUGAACUGAUAUAUACAGUGCAUUUGUUGUAAGGGUGCUGGUAGCCAAAGCAGAGUAUUUUUUAUAUCUUUGUUAGUAUAUAAUGUGGAUAAUGUGCAGUAUUGCUUACCAGAAAACUGUGAUAUAAUUUUGAACUUUGUAUGAAUCUCUAUAAAAAUGUCUUACACCUUCAGCAGAUUAUAUUUUACAUAUACAGAUUUUGUAAAGCAUGAUAUAGUUAUAUAGUUGUAUGGAUGUUGAAGAAAUAAAUGUCAUUGAUAUUG